AUGAUCGUUUUAAGGGGAACGAGAUUUAUGGAAAACAAAUCUUUCUUCAGGAACAAUAGACCACGACACCGUUUCACUAUGCAAAAAGAUCUGGAAUUCUCUAAAUUCAAUCGAAAUAUCUGCGACCUCAGAAACUUCAAUCCAGAAGAUAUCACCACAGUUUACAAACACCCCGACGUCAUCCACGUUUGCGAAUACAUAAAAGACAAAUUAUACUUUGCAACGUUGAACAAUGGCCGAAAUUACGUGAGAAGUACUUCCAAUAUUACUUUCUUCACCACCGAUGACGAGCUCGUUUACAACAACUUUUACAGCGACUUUGGUCCCUUAAACAUUGCCUGCCUGUUCAGGUACUGCUGCAAGGUUAACAAGAAACUCGAAAGUCCCUCGAACCAACAUAAGCAGAUCGUGCAUUUCACUUCGCAACGAGAUCACAAAAGAGCAAAUGCUGCUUUCUUGAUUGCUUCCUAUGCCGUGUUAUACUUAAACAAAAACCCUAAGGAAGCUUACACCAGUCUCUUCAUGGGAGGUGAUGUUCCCAUAAAACCGUUCCGAGACGCCUCUAUGGGACCCGCCGCCUACAACAUCCAUUUAUUAGAUUGCCUGAAUGCGCUACAGAAAGCAGCAUCGUUCGGGUUCUUUAAUUUUAAUGACUUUGACGUGAACGAAUACGAGAAGUACGAGGAUAUACGAAACGGAGAUCUGAAUUGGUUGGUGCCGCAAAAGUUUCUUGCUUUUGUUGGACCGAGCACGGAACCGGGAACCCCUUAUCAUCCACCUGAAUGUUACAUUGAUUAUUUCGUGAAAAAUGGAGUCAUCGCUGUAGUUAGGUUGAAUAAGAAGGCUUAUGACGCGUCGAGUUUUACUGAGGCGGGGAUAACGCACUAUGAUAUGUUCAUGCCGGACGGCACUGUUCCACCGAAAAGGAUUCUUAAUCAGUUCUUCCAGCUCAGCGAGAAUACUACUGGACCAAUCGCUAUUCAUUGCAAAGCUGGACUAGGAAGAACAGGGUCCCUAAUUGCCGCGUAUUUGAUAAAGCACUACAAAAUGGCUGCCAGAGAGGCCAUUGCAUGGAUCAGAAUUUGCAGACCUGGCUCCGUUAUCGGACACCAACAAGCAUGGUUGGAAAAUAUGGAACAAAAUUUGUUGAAUACUGGACAACAGUAUAAACUGAAGUAUUAUGGCGAUGGAGAUGUUAUACUGCACCACAAAUAUGGAAUAUACUCCAUUGCGAGCAGAACGGAGAGACCAAUGUCCUGCUCUUCCGAAAUGGGAUCCACAGAAGUUAAGAGGGACGAUCUGUCCACCGAGAGGAGAAAUAAAAUGAAACUUAUAAGAAUUUUAGGGAAAUUCAAGAACAGAGGAUCGGAUGAUUCAGAAAAAGGAUCGCAGAAAUAUCGGAACGACUCCAACGCUGCAUUAACACAAGGAGACAGAUUAAACGAAAUCAAGUUGAACAGACACAAAGUAUCUCGAAGCACGGACUCGCGGCAGAAGGAUAAUGUCGAGCACGGAUUGGACGGCCCGAAAAGCGCGCGAAAAAGGAAAUAAAAAAGGUAAACUGUAACAAAAAAAAUUUGCUAUUUUAUUGCGUUCAAAGUAAAGGUGUUCAAAGUGAAUACCACUUGAAUUGUAAUCAAGAAUAAUUUGUUUAAAAAAGUACAUAAGGACUGUUAAAGUCAGAGCUUCGGAAGAAGAAUGAUUUAUACAAAAUCGUUUUACAUAAUUUUAUAAUCCAUUCGUUACAAAAUGAUUCGUUUAGUAUAAACUAAAUAGAGAGAAAGAGAUUUUCUCCGGGAGAAUUAUUAUAAUAAUUAUAUAGAGUAUACAAUUUUUGGACAACUCACUGAUCAUCGUUACAAUUACGUAGAUUAAAAAAAAAGAUGGCGUGUAACGGAUUUCAGUGAAACGUUCAAACGAUUAUAUACUCCAUAUAUUUAUUGAAAAAGUAAUUUCCACGCAGAACAUUUUGACGUAGCGUCGACAAAUAGGAGGUAUUCCAGCAAAACAGGAUUUUGAGAAAUAAAGGCAGGCACAAUGUUUCAAUUGCACGAGCACCUGCGUCUCUCAAGUUUUGUACAAUUAUGCGUCGAUUAACACUUUUGUUUAAUCUCGUUUUGUUUUUGUUCGCCAAGAGCGAGCCUUGAUGCAAUAUCAUUUGGCAUUGAAAUUUCGACCUUCAAGCGAACAUGAACUCGUCGUUCAAGGAAGGAAGUAAAAUAGAAAAAUUGACGAGGACUUAUUACGUUCUUUUUUCUUCUUCGAUAAAACAUGAACCACAAAUUUGUACCUAGUUAAAUAUACAAGAAGGAAAGUUUACCAUAAACCUGUGCUGUAAAAAGUGUUAAUCAAAGUAAUCAUCACUUUAUAUUCCACGUUCCAUCGAAUGGUCAUUCAUUAUUUUACAUUUCACGAUUAUUACUCGUUAUAGUUCUUACAAUUGCUGUAGAUUAUUAACUAUCGAAGUUUAUAUAAUACAUAAAACAUAUGUAUUUUAUACCCUAUAAUUAAUGGGAACAGUUCAAGAUAGGGUAUGCGAUUGUGCUAUGUAACAUCGAAGUGAAAUUCAUUCGAAUUUGUAGUAAAAAGAGAAAAAGAAAAGAGAACUUUCCGUGAGGUAUUGUGAUUACCUGCCUUGCAGCAGAUUUAUGGUGGCAGAUUCAAUCAUUUAUGACUAAAACAUUCAAGACAAAUCAGAUUCUGCGAGCAUAAUUAUAAGUGGCAGAAGUUUUGCAUUUAAGACGAUUACCAUGCAAAUAAGAUGUAUCAAUAGAAAGUUUAUCAUUUUUGAAUCCAUCAAUGAAAAGUGUAGAGGUUUAAAUUUCUCUGAAAACUGGAGAUCAAUAAAUCCAACCAUUUUACUGACAAAUUCCUCUAAAUAAGUUCUCCAUUGAUAUAUCAUAUCCCCUAGUGGUCUGUCCUAAAUAAUAAACUACAGCCCGCAAUUAUCAUCUAAUAGCACAAAAAUAUAAGAAAGUAAUUAUUAACUAAAUGUUAUACCUUCUUCUUUUUUUUGUGUUAAUGCAAAAAAGUAAUUGGUAAUAAUAGUCUGGCAUCGAAAUCUCGCGUAUCACAAUGAUUAGAGUUUGAUAAACAGGUGUGUAAAAAACAGGCCAUGAGUAGAACUCCUCCUGAACUAAUACACGCACCUCUUAUAACUCGAUAAACGUUUAUCGUUUUGUUAAUCCCCUUUUUUAGGAUACAAUUCAUUUACUAUGUUGCUGAGAAACGAACGUGAAGUUUAUCUAGAAUUACUAUGAUCCACGUUUUUUACGUUGCAUAAUGCAUCCGUGAUCUCUAUAUUCAAACGUUUUUGCAUCGUCAUCCGCUUUUUUUUUUCAUUACCCUAAACACGCGUU